GGGCUCUUUAAGCCUCGACGCGCGACACAGAGCAGGCAUUCAGAGCGCGAGCGAGGGGGCUGAACCGACGGACUCUCGCGCUGGGCGGGCGACCUGCUGCACUGUAAAGUUUCCAUCAGAUCUAUAUCAAGAGGAAGACGGCGGAAGGAUUUCUUCUGACAGAGUCGAGUCGUAUGAAAAGAACUGUUAAAGUUUCACUGGAUGAUCUAAAAUAAUAAACAAAAACACAAUUGUUUGACAAGGGACAAAAAACAUUUGUAAAGUACAAGAUACUACAUUUAUAUUUAAAACAAAAGUUAAGUGAGGACGUUAGACCUACCGAAGUCACCUGUGGCCGCAGAACGAGUGGACCGAUGUCGGCGGAGGAGCACAGCAUGUCGGAGGUGGAAAUGAGUCCUGGGGUGUCGGAAGACGGGCACUCCAUGUCCCCUGGUCACUCGUCGGGCGCUCCCGGUGGCGCGGACUCCCCUCUGCCCGGUCAGCAGUCUCAGAUGUCCGGGAUCGGGGAUGAUGGAGCCGGUGUCUCCGGCGGGGUGUCGGUGAAGUCCGACGAGGAGGAUGACCGGUUCCCUAUCGGCAUCCGCGAGGCGGUCAGUCAGGUGCUGAACGGGUACGACUGGACGCUCGUGCCCAUGCCCGUGCGCGUGAACUCGGGCAGCAAGAGCAAACCGCACGUCAAGCGGCCGAUGAACGCUUUCAUGGUGUGGGCGCAGGCCGCGCGCAGGAAACUGGCGGAUCAAUAUCCGCACCUGCACAACGCCGAGCUCAGCAAAACACUGGGGAAGCUGUGGAGACUGCUGAACGAGACGGAUAAGCGGCCGUUUAUCGAGGAGGCCGAGCGCUUGAGGAAGCAGCAUAAGAAAGAUUAUCCCGAGUACAAGUACCAGCCACGUCGACGCAAGAACGGCAAACCGGGAUCCAACUCAGAGGCCGACGCCCACUCCGAGGGCGAGGUCAGCCACAGCCAAUCGCAUUACAAGAGCCUGCACCUGGAGGUGGCGCACGGCGGGGCUGCAGGGUCGCCACUGGCUGACGGACACCACCCUCACGCUACAGGUCAGAGUCACAGCCCUCCGACGCCCCCUACUACACCCAAGACGGAACUGCAGGGAGGAAAAUCAGGCGAGGGCAAGCGUGAGGGCGGAGCCUCUCGGAGUGGACUGGGGGUGGGAGCAGACGGAAGCUCCGCCUCCUCGUCUGCCAGCGGGAAACCGCACAUCGACUUCGGUAACGUGGACAUUGGUGAAAUCAGCCAUGACGUGAUGGCCAACAUGGAGCCGUUCGACGUGAAUGAGUUCGACCAGUAUCUCCCACCCAAUGGCCACCCGCAGGCGUCCGCCACUGCCAGCGCAGGAUCCGCAGCUUCAUCGUACACAUACGGAAUCUCCAGCGCGCUAGCGGCUGCUAGUGGCCACUCCACCGCAUGGCUGUCCAAGCAGCAGCUGCCAUCCCAGCAGCAUUUGGGCGCAGAUGGCGGGAAAACGCAGAUAAAGAGUGAAACGCACUUCUCCGGGGAUACAGCGGCAAGCGGUUCACAUGUCACAUACACACCGCUAACACUGCCACACUACAGCUCCGCCUUCCCCUCGCUGGCAUCCCGCGCACAGUUCGCAGAAUAUGCCGAGCACCAGGCCUCGGGAUCCUACUACGCCCACUCCAGCCAGGCCUCAGGCCUCUACUCCGCCUUCUCCUACAUGGGCCCCUCGCAGCGCCCCCUGUACACCGCCAUUCCGGAUCCAGGCUCCGUGCCUCAGUCGCACAGCCCCACGCACUGGGAGCAGCCCGUAUACACCACACUGUCUCGACCGUGACACACUCUACCAAGAUGACCAGUCACUGAAGGUCCAAACUUAAAAGUGUGUGUGUGACGGAAAAAAAUCAUCAAAACACUCGCCUGCACCACAAUCGACACAAACUGAGAUCUGAGAGAAGAGUGUGUGUGGAGAUCUGCAGGGAAAUAUUCUCACGUGCCUCAGGCGACCACAGUCCAAACCUGCUCCCUCAACGCCAAUUUGACACCAGUAGUAUUUUCGAAAACAGACGUAUUACCAAAGUACCGAGACCAAAACAUUAAAUAAAAAUAUGAGAAUGCAUCCAUCGCUCCUGAACUCCGGAUAUCAGAUCACACACAGACUACAACACAGGAUGCUACUACCUGUGCAUCCGCAUUUUUUAUUUGUAUUUGUAUGAAUGAAUAAUCUUUUUAUUAACCAAAAUAAGGCCAUAUUGUUUUUAAAAAAAUAAUGACGUGUUUUUCGUUGUUGUAAUCUCUCGUGUUGUCGUUACUGUUGUUAUUUGUGUUGCCAUAACUACACUGAAAAGUCUUCACCACUGUCUAGUGUUUGUUAAUGACAUUUGUGUUUUAUGACUUUCAGCGUGUGUAAAUAUCAGUGCCAUCCACACGUUUCCACCCAAUGAAGGCGCGCUCACAUUAACGUAAAGUAAACUGAAUUCCCAAUCAUGUGGAUUCCUCUUGAAAUGACUAUAUUUCGCGAAAACAGUAAACGUGAGCGCACCUUUAUUUCAAACACACACAAGGAGUACUGUAAAGGUAAUAUAUUUUUUGCCACAUUGGAAAUAGUGGAGGUAAUUACGAAUUUUUAAUAAUAAAUGACUAUUUUUAGAGAAUACCGCUAGUGCCUCAAGUCCAUCAGAAACGAGUUGUUGUUCCUGAUAAAUUCAAUUUCGAUGACGUUGCAUCUUUUUCAGGGUGCAAAUUUUAUCAUGCGUUAAGCGAAGCGAAUAUUUUGUUUCGUCCACAUCGAAUAUGCAUAUGCAAAUUAAAAAGUGCCAUUUUUUUAUAAUACGGAAAAUACAUUAAACGUAAUUUCAACUAUCUGAAGACCUUCCUAACAUUGGGUAAGUAAAUAAACACAUUCAUUUCAUGGUAUUAUUUUUGGUAAAUACAACAUUUAGCUAUUCUACGUUUUGUCUCCCUUUGGUACUUUUAUAGUUUUUUUUGCCCUCUUUAUUAUUUAGUAUUAUUCAGAAACAACUCUUUUUUUAUAUAUAUUACAGAAUAUUAUUUAUAUUUGUCGUUGUUUUUUUUAUCAGUAGCGUUUUAUUCUGUUGUAAACUUUUGUCGUGUGAUGUUGUGGUGGGUAAAAGUGCUGUUGUUUUUCUCUGUCGGUGUAAAUAGAACUGAGAGCAGUGACUAACUUUCCUCACUCUAAAUAAAGCUGCAGUCUUUACAAACA